CACGUCACAAGAUCUCUGUCCAUAUGACCCAGGGUGCGCUGCUCUAUUGUCAAAGAAGUGAAAGGAGCCACUGUCAACAGAGCUGAAGUCUUGAUCCACUACUUGCGAGAUUCAUUCAUGGGAGAGGGGAUGUCGGUCCCAGACGAUUUGGAGCAGACGCUGGAGGUGCUGUCGACAAUCAGUGAAAGGAAGCGGAAACAUAAAUCCACGCAGACCAGCAGACGAGAUGACAUCCUGCAGACUCAGGAUGGCACUCUGUGUGCGGCAGAAAUCGGCUCUGAACUCCAGAAACAGUUUGCCAUCCUACCAGGGGGCCGCGGGAUGAAUGGCAACCCCAUCAUCGUCUUACCAGAGUUCCCAGACUUCAGCGAGCUGGAGGAGGAGGAAGUCCAAAAUGUCCUCGGCUACCUCAGCAGCGUCCCCAGCGUUGCAGCAUCAGGAGUGGGUUUCAUCCUGGUUAUCGACAGGCGACUGGACCGAUGGGCUGCCGUCAGGACUACCCUGCUCCGCAUCGCAGGUUCAUUUCCAGGGAACUUACACUUGGUUCUGGUGUUGCGUCCGACUACUUUGUUCCAGAGGACUCUGUCAGACUUCCUGUUCAAGUACAACAGGGAUGAGUUCAAAAUGAAGGUGGUGAUGCUGAGUUCAGUGACUGAGCUCCAUGCCUAUAUCGACCCGGGACAACUGACCACAGAGCUGGGAGGAACGCAGGAGUACUCCCAUGAAAGCUGGAUCUCACACCGCACUGCAAUCGAGGCCUUCGCUCUGAUGGUGAAGACCACGGCGCAGACUCUGCAGGCGUUUGGCACUGAGCUCGCAGAGACAGAAUUACCCAACGAUACCGAGGCCACCACCGCCCUGCUGCACACGCACUCUCAGAAGAAGGACGAAAUGAAGGAGGACCUACAGGUGGCGCUGUCUCAAGGGGGGCGUCUGCUGGAGUGUAUAAACGAGCCUCUGCAGACGGACCCUGAAUACACCAUGACCUAUGAUGAACUGGAAAACUUAGCGACUGUCCAGAGACUCCUGGGUCAGCUGGAUGAAACAGAAACAGCCUUCGAUGACUUCUGGGAGCGUCACCGCACCAAGCUGGAGCAGUGCUUACAGCUGCGCCACUUCGAGAAGCACUUCCGUGAAGUGCGCACUCAGCUCGACGUGACAUCGGAGCGGUUGUCUGGUUUCUCUGAAGUCAGUGUAAGCCCCGCCCACGCUGAGCACGUCCUCCGAGAGCUCAGCGGACAUGAGGACAAAGCCUGUGACGCACUAGACCACGCAUUGUCCCUGGCCGGGGAAGGUGACCGGCUGAUAGAAAACUCGCACUAUGCCGAGGACUCCAUCAGGCCGAAGUGCAGCGAGCUGAGAGGAGUGUGUGAGGAGAUCAGCUGCACCCUGAGGAGCAAGAAGAGCCUCCUGCUCAGAGCCAUGGAGCUGCACCACGCUCUGGAGAAGGCGUCUCGGUGGUGUGAGGAGGGCAUCUUCCUGUUGGCCAGCCAGCCUGUGGACCGCUGUCAGUCUCAAGAUGGAGCUGAGGCCGCUUUACAGGAGCUGGAGCGGUACCUGGACACCGGGUCGCUGCACACGCUCACCGACCGCAGCGCCAUCUGCUGCCAGUACGAGGCGGUGAUCACCUCUCAGCUCAGGGAUCAGGUAGAGAAGGUGUUCCAGAAGCAGAGCUCGGUCCAGGAGAUGUUUGAGAAGAGACGCGUCAGCCUGAAGAAGCUCGCCGCCAAACAGACCAGACCCGUCCAGCCAGUCGCUCCCAGACCUGAAGUCAAGUCCCCGCUCUCCUCUCCCAAUCAACAGAGAAAAGAGAGGAGAUACUCGGCUGAUAAUGCCAUCUGUAAAAGGGUGGAGUCUCCCAUACAUAACGGUGGCACUAGACAUGUGUCUCUCUCAGAAGAAGAGGAAAACCUGGCAGUACUUCGGCGCCACGUGAUGAAUGAGCUUCUGGAGACGGAGAGAGCUUAUGUGGAGGAGCUGCUGUGCGUGCUGGAGGGCUAUGCAGCGGAGAUGGAGAACCCAGCCAUGGCUCACCUCAUCCCCAGCACCCUGCUGAGCAAGAGGGUCGUUCUGUUUGGAAACAUGUCUGAAAUCUACCAGUUUCAUAAGAGGACGUUUCUAAAGGAACUGGAAGCGUACACUGACUGCCCAGAACUAGUGGGCCGCUGCUUUUUAGAGAGGAUGAAGGACCUGCAGAUCUACGAGGCGUACUGUCAGAAUAAACCUCGCUCUGAGAGUUUGUGGAGACAGUGCUCCGACUGUGCCUUCUUCCAGGAGUGCCAGAAGAAGCUGGAACAUAAACUUGGUUUGGACUCCUACCUCCUUAAACCUGUCCAGAGAAUCACCAAGUACCAGCUCCUGCUAAAGGAGUUGUUGAAGUACAGUAAGGGGUGUGAUGGCUGUGAUGACCUGCAGGAAGCUCUCUCCUCCAUCCUGGGGAUCCUGAAGGCUGUGAACGACUCCAUGCACCUCAUCGCCAUCACAGGAUACGAGGGUAACCUGUCAGAUCUGGGUCGUCUGAUGAUGCAGGGCUCCUUCAGCGUGUGGACGGAGCAUAAGAAAGGUCACGCCAAGGUUAAAGAUCUGGCCCGGUUUAAGCCCAUGCAGCGGCACCUGUUCCUGCACCAGAAGGCCCUGCUGUUCUGCAAGAGGAGGGAGGAGAACGGGGAGGGCUACGAGAAAGCUCCGUCGUACAGCUUCAAACACUCCCUCAGUAUGAGUGCGGUGGGCUUCACAGAGAACGCUAAAGGAGACAACAAGAAGUUUGAGAUCUGGUGUAACUCAAGAGAUGAAGUUUUUAUAGUCCAGGCUCCAACAACAGAGAUUAAAACAUCGUGGGUGAACGAGAUCCGCAAAGUUCUGACGCAGCAGCUCAAAGCCUGCAGAGUCAAUGUUUCAGAUGCCAGUCAGCAGAAGAGCUCAGACUCCGUGUUCCAGAAUCCCGCCAGCAACAACUCCUCCAUCUCCCUCAGUCCCUUUCGUAGUAGUGGUUCGAAAAGCCAGAAGAAGACAGAGGAGAAGAAGGCGGAGGCGAACACGAUGUCCGAUUCCUCUUCUUCACCCAAACACAAAGAUGACCCAGUGACCAGUCCCACCACUGACAGGUCUGCAGUGGCUAGAAAGCGUUUUACUUUGCAGGGCUUCAGCACUCUCAAGAGUCCCAAAGGCUCGGCCAUGAGCCCCGAGCACGGCUCCAAACGCCACUUGGUCAAGAGUGACCCCACACCGUUUGGGUUUAAAGGCUGGAACAAGGCGUCUCUCUCGGUGGACGCCUCAGAAGAGAAUGAUGGGUACUCCAGCAGCGAGGACCCCAUGAACUCUGACCCCGAGGACGACGUAGGGAAGAAGCUGGCUCCAGGAAAGUAUACAGUGUUUGCAGACUGCGAGAAGGCGGGACCUCAAGAGCUGUCAGUCAAGAGUGGAGACAUGGUGCAGCUGAUCAGAGAAGGAGAGGAGGAACAGUGGUUUGUGAAGAACCUCCGCAGCAGUAAGGAGGGCUGGGUCGCUGCAGCAAACCUCCUCAGCCUCAUCUCAGAGUCGAAGUCCUCUCAGUCGCUCAGCAGCUCAGCAGAUGGCAGCGUCUCUGGGAACAUCAGCACUUCCUCCAGCUGCAGCGAGACAUACACCAGCUUCUCCGACAUCAAACCCUGACCUGGAUCCAUCACAGAACAAUGUCCAUGUGGAUUUACAACAAAAAGCCCUAAAGCAGACCCUGACAGGAGGACGAAUCAAAUCACAGAGACCAUCCACGUCACAGUUUGAGGAUCCAUCUAUAAAUCAAUCAUCUCUGAAUCUGCGGAUGUUGCCAGUGUUUUAGCUGAGUCAUCAACACCCCUCUUUCUUACAGUAUUACUUUCUCAUUUUAGAUUAUUUCACCUUUAAAGUUAUUAACAUGUAAGGUAUGUUCACAGUGGCAGAUACUUGGAAUAACAUCAGGGAGAAGUAGUUUCACAUCAUACAGUCACGUCAGGCCUUCUUUAUAAAAAUAACAUCACUGUAAACUACAGAUAAAAGUCUUCAGUCUAUUAUUUAACCCAUUUGGUUAUGUAGCAUUAAAGUGGGCACAUUUAAAAAUAUCUGCGCUACAAUGAACUCCUUCAACAUCACAGCAUAGCGAUAGAUUCUUGUGUCAAACAGCGACAGGAAUAGAUGCUAUCAGACCGGCCUUUCACACCAUGCUUUAGUGUCAGACAUUAAUCGCACACUGUGAAAACUGGCAGCUGGCUGCAACAAGAAAAAGCUUUCGGUGCAUCGUGGAGCAGGUCACACCUUCAGGCCGUCUUACUGGAAGUCUGGUCACCUCUUUGUACGUAAGGUCAUAAUGUCUGGCGGGCAAACGGUGUCAAAUAUUCAAGAAUGCUGUAUUCCCCCCAUGUCGUCGAUAAGAGCUUCCCUGGUUUCACCGUAUUAACUUAUAUAAUUCAUCACUUGGUGAAUGUCACCCACAGCGCCACCCGGUGGGCAGAUGUCAUGCAGCUACACAUGAAAUCACUUAACAGAGCGGCAGCUUGGAACAACUUUUAAAACCUCUUUUCUUUUUCCAAGAGUGAUUGUCUAACUGGGUUCUGCACUGCUCUGGGUUUACCUCUCAGGAAGGUGUGUGGGCAGGCAGGUGUGACUGCAUACCUGUGUGUCUACCACAUGUCUUUGUGUGUGAGUGUGUGUGCAUUCAACUCCAACUGGCUAUUUAGCCGCAGACAGCAGCUGGAUCAGAGCUACAUAUUAGGAUAUUUCAGCUCAAUUACUCAUGCUUUUACCUGCUGGGUUAGUUUCUCAUUGGGAAAAGUUAAUUAAUAACCAUUUUAGGGACUACUUGGACAGAAAAGUCUCAAUACUCUGCACACAAAUCCAGUUUGUGUGUCAUGGCCUAUCUUUGGUUUGCACUGCAGCAACAAAAGCAGCUUUGUCCCUCCCUCUGCUCCCAGCCCCGUUCAGGCAUGUGACAGCAGCCACCUCUCCUCAAGCAGGGCUAACCCGGAGACUUUUCUCAAUGUGUUUGCACCACAGGCCCUGCAGCGAAAUGUGUUGUGAUGAUGUAGCAAGGCAAUUGCAUAACAAGGUGCAUCAAGUUUUUGACGUUUUGAGUAGGCUAAUAUGGCACUGUAGUGGGAACCAGGAUACAGGUUGAUGACACAUCUCUGACAACCAGCUGCUGUGACACACACACACACACACACACACGUGCACGCGCACACACACACACACACACACACACACACUCAAAGAACCUGUGCUAUUCUGAACAUUGAAUGACACCUUUUUUCUUACGUGGUUUUUCAAAGGUGUUUUUGAUACCCCUAGAUUUCUACUGUAUCCACGAGGCGCACUGUAAAACUCUUCCUUUUUCCAUUUUUAAUGUCGAAUGUGUGACUGUUGUUAAAAACAGAAAAGGUGCAGCAUGCUGUUACACUAAAAACCAGCCCCGCCCGUUUAUUACUUAAUAAAUGGGUUGUAUUUGUCCAUCACUGUGGUUUUGUUCAAUUCGACCCUGAUUUGAGCUUUUUGCUGAAAACCACUUUUAUACGCAUGUCCUCCCUGUGAAAGGAACGAUUUUUCUCCAGAAAAAGGAAGCUUAAUUAUAAACCAGAGAGUAAACUGAGGCUGGCAUUGUGUGUGGAUCCAUGUCAGAGUGGGAAAUGUACUUUACACUUGUACAGAUGUGUCCUCUAUACCUCACAUUGUUUCCCUCGAGAGCAUGUACAUUGUGAAGCGGAUCAUGAGUCUGUGCAUCAUCUCUCUUUGUGGCAUGAUCUUCAUACUCCUGUCGCUUCAAAGCCCUGAACAAGGCAAGUAUUUUUUACCAGGCACUGUUGUAUUCUGUGAGAGUUUAUUUUCUGCCCUCAUAAAGCUGACACGGGCACUAAACUUGUCAGCGUUCUAUCAUGAUCACUCAAUAAGUUAUUGAAUAAUUUGUACUUUUUGACUCGGAGGCCGGGGAGACGAGAAGGGUUCUAUUUUUUUGUUUCUUUUUAUGCAGCACAUUGCAGCAACCACUGUCUUUAUUUUCCUAUUGUAUCUACUGAGUAUGGUGUUGAUAUAAAUAUAUUAUAAUGAGAUAUAUCCGUGUAUAUUUGUAAAUAUGUAAUUCUGAAUUGUAUGUAAAAUGAACAGCAGCUUUAAUAAAGUCUGAGAUGGUUUCCUCUA